AGGAAAACUACAGAUAAAAAAAUCAUAAAACAAAAUGCCGGCUAUUUUGUUUAGGGAAUUACGACUUCAGGCUGAAUUUCACCGUUUACAUCUGUCGUUUACAAUUUACGUUUAUUAGCACUUUUCACAUUGAAAAAUAAUAAUAAAAUUAUUCAAAGUAACAGUUGUUCUUUUACAUAUAAAAUAAUUUGAGUGGUGAUGUAUUUGAAUUUUUUGAUUCAGUGGACUGUAGUUAUUAUUAAGACUAAUGUUUCUCUUUUAUAAUGUCAAAACAAGGUAAAAGGAAAAUUACUGUGGAGUUACCUAAAACCAAGGAUUUAUCUAAUAGACCUAGUGUUUUUGAGCGCCUCGGUACUAAAAAGGCAAGUUCUAGUGGUAAGAAAACUGAUUUUUGUAGACAGUGGGUGCAACACGGCAGCUGUGCAUACGGUAAAAGUUGCAAAUUUGCCUCCACUCAUACAUUGAUCAGUCCUUCUAAGCAACGGGCAAAUAAAGAUGACCAAAAACGUUUAGCAAAAGAUGAUCCUAAAAGUCGACUACAUUCGACUGUUGUUGUGAGGACUGGUCGUAGUACUGACGGUGAGAUAGACAAUUGGGAUCAGAAUGACUUAGAAUAUGCUGAUACUGAUGUCCUUGAAAAAAGAAGGCAACAGCUACAACGUGAACUAGAGAUACAGUUAAAAAUGGACUCUGGUAAAGAUAUGGCAAAAGAAAAGAAAAAGCCUGUGUCAAGUUCAUCAUCAUCUAGAAGUUCCUCAAGUUCAAGUGGGUCUUCAUCAUCUUCAGAUGGAAGUUCUUCAUCUUCAUCAUCUGGCAGGGAUGCCAAGAAAAAAGCUAAGAAAGGGAAAUUGAAAAGGAACUCAAGUUCUUCUUCUGAUGGUGAUGUACCAGCUAAAAAAAAGUUGGUUAAAAGCGAUACAGUUAAAAGAGAUAAGGCAGAAAUUAAAAAAGGAAUCGGAAAAAAGGAAGACAAAGUUUUAAAAAAGUCUGAUGGAAGCAAUAAAAAGCCCAUUACAAAAUCUGCCUUAGGUAAAAAGUCUCUAUCACCUGCUAAGAAGUCGGGAGGUACUCCACCAAUAACAUCAAAAAGCUUAUUAUCAAAAACAUCCUCCAAGCACGGAAAAUCUCCUCAAAGAAGAGAAAGAAAUAGGAGUGCAUCUCCUCAAUCCUCUAGAGACCGUGAGAAAGAUAGAGAUAGGGGAAAAGAAAAGGACAAGGAACGUGAUAAAGACAAGGAAAGAAGAGGCAAAAGUAAAUCACCUAAAAAAGCGAGGUCUAGGUCACCACGACGUUCUCAUCCUAAGGAUACAAGGCGAAAGGAUAGUUCUGAAAGAAGUAGACCAGUGUCACCAAAAAAGCAGUCGAGAAGGGAAACCAGUACUGACAGACACAAGAAACGUUCACUAAGCAGAGACCGCGAUCGUCGUAGAUCUAUGGAGAGAAAAAAAGAAAAACACGAUGACAAGGAUAGGCAUGACCGAAAGGACAGAGGUCGAGAUCGGAAACAGGAUAAUAAAAGGGAUGAUAAGCGCAGGGGUAGAGAAAGAGGUCUAGCUAAAGAUAAAGGGCUAGAGAAACCAAAUAAACCAAUGCAGAGAUUAUUACCCAGGCCAGAGGAACGUCUCGCAGCACUGGCUGCUAUAUCUAACAAGGCAGUAGACAAUGAAAAAAAUCCUAGAGGUCCUAAGGAUCAACAAGAUAAUCAUUCGGAAAGAGGCCGUAAGCAAGAUAGGAUUGAAAGAGAUAGGUCUAUAAAACGGGACAGAAUGGAUAGUAUUGACAGGGAGCAAGGUGACUAUGACAUGGAGCGACCAUACGACCAUGGAAUGGACCAUUAUGAUAGAAUGGACAAUAGAUAUGGUAGUAUGCCUAGGGAUAGCGAUAGGUCGCCUGGAUAUUUACAGGGCAGGGAGAGGCAUUAUGACCCAGGAUACGACAUGCCCGGACCUUCCCGAUAUCCGGAAGACGAUGAUAGGAUGUAUGGUGACAUGGGAGAACGGGGUGAUAUAGGAUACGAUGAUCGUCGUCGCGACCGCUCAUGGGAGGGUCGCUCUGGGUCAAUGGACCGUGACCGUUACAUGCAUCAUAAAGAUUGGGAAAAUGAUGAUUAUCGAGGCUCUGGAGACUGGGGAAGGGAGCGGCACUGGCCAAUGCACGAUGCGCAGAUGAAUGAUUGGGAUAAAGAACAGGAUGAAGGUUGGAGGCAUCGUCAUCCCGGACCACAUAGAAAUCGUAUGCACGAUGAUUACAAUCGUAUGCGAAUUGACCACGGACGUGACAAACGAAGACGUCCGGAACCAGAGACAAAAGAGGCACCACCAGCUCAUGAUGAUGACGAUGACAAACCUAUACCGGACGACCUCAGUGAAAUUAGUGAUGACCCUGACGAUAUUUUGGAACGGGAUGAUAUGCAAGACCAAACUCUGGAUGAAGACAGUCAAACGGACAAAUUAGAGGAUCGUGCGAACGCAAAACCAGAUAUUGUUGAGAAAGAAAAUACACAGGACACUAAUGGUGCCUGUGAAGAUAAAGAAUCUCAAGAUGGUAAAGAUGAAGAUGACGUCGCCAAUCUUGAUUUUGAAGAAAUCUCUGACGGCGAGUUGGAAGAGGAAAGGACCAGAACUGGUCUAGGUGAUGCCUUAGGCGUGGACUGGGCCAGUCUAGUUGCAGAUGUCAAUCGUCGGGAGCAAAAACCGCCGACAGGAGGCGCCAGAGACAGAUGGCGACCAGAACGCGUUCUGGCACGCCUCGGUCUGUCCAUAAAUAUGGCAGGGAAGGAAAAAGUCCAGGAUAUUUUGCAGAAGAAUAGCGAAUCAAUGGAAAGUAAAGAUGGAUUGACAAAUGGAAAACACGAGACGUGUACUGAUGUUGAGAGUCUUCAUCCGGUGGGUGCUGUUCAGGUUUCGAUGGAAAAAAGAAAACGUCAACGCGAAGUACUUUUCGGUUUGGGAUGUGAAAUCACUCGCGGUUUAAGUGCAAGGCGUGACCUGGCGUUACGUAGAUACUUGUGCCAUCUACCGGCUGUCGAAAGAAGUCAAUCCCGGGUUACCCCACAGCCAUCACUGUUCCAAGCAGCCAGGGCUCUGCUAGAAGCACCGGUGAAUGGCUGACACAGGAAAUAUGACGAAAGAUACCCAGAAGAUUAGGAACAACUAUAUUGAUGAAUAUAGAAAAGUAAAUACAGAAUUGUCUGUUAAAAUUACCCCAUCUUCCAUCGUAAUUGACUUCCUUUAUUAAAAUUAUAUUUUAAAAAAAGUUAGACGUCAAAUGUGAUUUGUCUGUUAAAGUUUUAACAAAUGACUUGUCUUAUGGAUAGGACUAUAUUUACAACCUAGGUGUUGAGGUGUUUUAGACAUUAUUACUGUAAGAAAAAACUAUGAAAAGUAAUAUUUAUGGACAAUAAAAAAAUUGACAAAGUAGUCAGUCCACAGAACAGCAAGUUUAUUCCAAGUAGCCUAAUCUCUAUUCAUGAUAUAGAAAGAGGUGUUUAAUAUCUGGUGUAGAUUAAAUUAAAGUUUAAGUAAUUUUACUUUUGACUAUAGUUAUUAAAUAUUAGUAUAUAUAAUUAGUCUGUCUGUGCACAUUGUCUUAAGAUUUAUGGACUAUAAAUUCAUUAAAAGUUUGAAUGAAAACUUAGUGAAUAUUUUUCUGUGACAAGGUUAAGUUACUAUGUGUUAAGAUACUGUAAUAAUUGCCUUCCUGUGUAUGUUAGGUGAUGGCAUGAUAAAUUUGUAGUAUAGUUAAAUAUAUGUCAAAAUACUAAAAUAUGUCAUAAAUAGAAUAGCAAAGAAGUAAUAAAUAUUCAUAAAAUAGACUUUAUUUAUAUUUUAACAAUCAGUAUGUAACCAUAAAAUAUUGCACUGUCUUAUAUAGUACUGUCAUCUCUUAGCUGUUAUUUUUUAAUUACCUUCCAAUAAAAAUGACACAUCUGCACCAACUUUA